GUUUGGGGGGUGGAGUGCCAGCCUUCCUGCUGGGCUUCUCUCCCUAGCACCUUUCCCCAGCUUCCCAUGGCCAUGAACUGUAACAAGCCGGUACAGAGCCGCAGUAGUCCCUAACACUGCGGUGCGAGCCAGGACUGAGCCGAGCUUGCUCAGUCCCAGGUCGUGCAGGGUUCAUCAGCUCCUGACUGUGGGGAAUACCCCUCCCCCCCCAGCUCAGAUGGGCUGUUACCAGAGUUUCUGUCAUCCUUUCAUGUCAAUCAGGACACUUCUCCCCAUUUUCUUCCAAAAGUCCCAUGCUAUCAUCAGGGACAGGGAGAGGGUGCAACACUCCUUGGACAUAAGGCAUGCCUUCAUCUUUAAUAUUGAGUGUACCAAGUCAUUCCACAAAUUGCCACAGCUCUUGGCUGCUAUAGCUGGGUGAAUGAAAGGACUCCUGAUUACAUCCCUGCAUCUCCUCCUAGAUUAUGUAAUGUAUUAACAUUUGCUACGACCUAGCCAAAUUAGUAGCACCACAUUUUACAGCAGUGCACUAAACAGGCCACAGGCAUGCUCCUCCAUUUUUUUUGGCAAAGGUCCCUAUUCAAGAAAUCUGCAGAGCAGCAAUGUGGUCCUCCAUGCACACCUUCACAGUACAUUAUGCCAUCACCCAGUAAGCAUGUGACGACGCUGCGUUCUUAAGGUUAGUCUUGCAAUCAGCAAUGUGUUGAGGUCUGACCCUUCUUUCUUUCAAACAGCUAGUAAGUUACAUAUUGGAAUGCACAUGAGCAAUCACUUGAAGAAAAAAUGGUUACCUAGCUUUUGUAACUGUCGUUCUUUGAGUUACUUGUGUCCAUUCCAGAGCCUCCCGCCUUCCCACUCUCAGACUAUUCUGUCAAGAAGGAACUGAGUGGACGCCAGUGUCAGAAGAGGUCUAUAUAUGCCACCACAGAGGUGGCACUCUAGGGAGCUCCACAGUCAACCCAGCGGGUAUGCUAGGAAAAAAACUUCUGACUGCUGUGCAUGUGGCACACGUGCACUUAUUGGAAUGGACAUGAGCUACACGUCUUGAAGAACAAGAGUUAAGAAAGGUUUCCAAAUGAAUGCAUCAUCUUGGCCAAUGUUUCUGUUAAGAACACUAAAUGGAGCUGAAAUGGCACCUGCAGCAUUCUUUAAGAAGGAACCACCAAAACCUGCUCCAAACUGUUUUAAAGUUGGAAUGAAACUUGAAGCAGUGGACAAAAAGAACCCUUAUUUAAUUUGCCCAGCAACCAUUGGAGAUGUUAGAAGAGAUGAAGUUUUCAUUACAUUUGAUGGCUGGAGGGGCGCUUUUGACUAUUGGUGCAAAUAUGAUUCUCGAGAUAUUUUCCCAGUCGGAUGGUGUGACUUGACAGAAGAUGCACUACAGCCACCGGGCAACAGUGUUUCCAUUACAAAAAGAGGUGCAAAAGCCCCGUCUUCCCCUUCCAAAGCAACCCGACGUUCAAUGCAAUCUCCUCAGAAGUCUGCUCCAGUACCAACACAAUGUGGCAAGAAACCAGGUCGAGACAACCCCCCUGGACAACCUACAGUUUCUAAGAAGGGAAAGUCUCCUAAAAACAUUCCUAUGACAAAAAACAUCUCUACUGAAAAUCUCAAAACAAGGAAAAAAAGUUUAAAACCUGGAAGAAAGAAAAAAAUCUUGCCAGUGAAAUCUCCUCCUGCACCUUCUCCUCUGCUUACUUCUGAAGCAGACAGUGGCAGUACACAGAUACUUAAAGAUGGAGUUGGCAUUGUUGGUCCAACAUCGCCAGUUAUAUCCACAGUUUGUGUCUAUGUUAAUAAGCAUGGGAACUCUGGACCUCAUCUGGAUAAGAAGAAAGUUCAGCAGCUUCCAGAUCACUUUGGACCAGGCCCUGUAAAUGUGGUACUUCAGCAGGCUGUGCAGGCCUGUGUAGACUGUGCCUAUCUAUCCAAAACAGUCUUUGGAUUCCUCAAGUCAGGGCAUCAUGGAGGGGAGAUGAUAACAGCCUCCUUUGAUGGGGAGAAACACGCCAUCAAUCUUCCUUCUGUAAACAGUGCAUCGUUUGUCUUGCGUUUCUUGGAGAAGCUCUGCCACAGUCUACAGUGUGAUAAUCUUUUUAGUAGCCAACCCUUCAGUCCUUAUGUGGGGAGUGCACAGAGUCCUACUGAAUAUGAUAGGAACAAACCAGCGAAAGAGGAAACACCAGAAAACAGAAGUACUAAACGAUAUUCUCAGGAUUCUCCACCCUACACUGUCUCUCUCUCCCCUAAACUUCCCAGAACUGAAGCGCACCCAUCUGAAGCAGAAACACUGCCAACUGAAGAAAAUGGCACUCCUAAAGAACUCCGAUUUUCUGAAGACUCUAUGGAUUCUGCACUCAAUUCACUAAAACCGUCAAGCCCAACCCAUCGAAAUUCCACUGAAUUUCGGACCUCAGGGAGUGCACCGUAUUACAGGAAUUCCCUUCAGCCAGUGACUGCUGCUUCAAACUCAGCCCCAAUCCUACACAAGAUGUCAUCAAGCUCUGUGGGGAACAGCAGUUACUAUGAAGUCAAUAGGAAUCGAAUGCAGAGGAGGAUUGAAGCUGCAAGUUCUACAACAGGUCCUGAUCUCACUGCACUAAAAAGGGAGCCCUCACGAGUACCGAAUAAGGAUCCUUCUGCCUGGUCAAUAGAUGAAGUAAUGCGAUUUGUGAAAGAAGCUGAUCCUCAGGCAUUAGCACCACAUGCAGAACUCUUCAGGAAACACGAAAUUGAUGGAAAGGCCCUACUGUUACUAAGGAGCGAUAUGAUAAUGAAAUAUAUGGGACUGAAGUUGGGACCAGCAUUAAAACUAUGCUACCAUAUUGAGAGACUUAAACAAGGAAAGUAUUAGCCAAUGGAGACACAAUAACCUAUGUGUUCACAUCAGACUUAACUCUCAGGUUCACAGACACGUUCCUUAUUUAACAAUGUUUUGUCAUCAGAAAGACUUCAGUUUGCAAAAGCUUCCUUUCAGAAUGUGAUUACAAAUUUACUGCCAAGUGAAAAGGACUAUGUUACAUUCUAGCAGUCUAAUAAUUAUUUUUAUUACACAAAAAGGUACUUGGUGCUGUGUGUUUUGAAAAAAAAAUGUUUUCACGAGUACUACACUUCAGAGUGUUGAGAAAUUCAUUCUCUGCUACAGACUUCAACAGACAUUCACAUUCAGAACCAAAACAGCUUAAUCCCAAAGGAAAAAACCAGCAUCAGGUGUUUGAUAACUUUUACAGGGAUGGCUGUAAAACUUUACAUUAUAAGAAAA